ACUCCACUCACGGUUCACUGACGUGUGCAACGUUACCAAAAUGAGAGUGUGUGACGAAGGCGGGAAGUGGAGUGAAUCAUAUUACGUUUCUUCGAAGUCGACAAGUUAUUGAUGUUCAGUUCGAAUAAAUGAAAUUUCUGUUAUUGCGACUCAUAAUCUUUGCGCUCCGUCUGUUUGAAGUAUCUCGCAAGGUGUCCGAUCUCGAAGUGUCGGAAGAUUCGUGAUAAAGUUGCGAUAUUUAUGGGAUUUUGCUUUUUUUUUUUUUCGGCGAAUCGACGUAAGAGCGGUGGUAGGAGACAUGCCAAAACUCGCAUUCCUAUAAAAAUAGCAUCGCAAAAAUUCGGAUUGGUGAUCGAAUGAAUUCACGCUUUGUGUAUCAUUGUGUCACCUGGUACAAUAGAAAAAGACUUCUGAAAAAGAGUUUAAUCGUUAUCGGAGAUUAAGAUGGUUUACAGUCGAAAUAGAAAUGGGAUAGACGAAUUGCUGAAGAAGAAGGCUUUAUGGGCGAGAAUAUGCGUAUCCACUCCUAAUUGAUACAUCACCUCUUAAACAUGGAUGACGAAGAAGGUGCUUCAAGCUCUGGACCUAUGUCCUCGUUGAACAGCCUGUUUUCGUUCACCAGUCCGGCUGUGAAGAAACUGCUCGGCUGGAAGCAGGGUGACGAGGAGGAGAAAUGGGCCGAGAAGGCGGUUGACUCGUUGGUGAAGAAGCUGAAGAAGCGCAAGGGCGCGAUCGAGGAGCUGGAGCGAGCGCUGAGCUGCCCCGGGACGCCGAGUAAAUGCGUGACGAUCCCUCGAAGCUUGGACGGCAGGCUGCAGGUGUCGCAUCGCAAGGGCCUGCCGCACGUGAUAUACUGCAGAGUCUGGCGCUGGCCGGAUCUGCAAUCGCAUCACGAGUUGAAGCCGCUGGACCUGUGUCAGUAUCCGUUUUCCGCCAAGCAGAAGGAGGUCUGCAUCAAUCCCUACCACUACAAGAGGGUGGAGAGCCCGGUCUUGCCGCCCGUCCUGGUACCGCGACACUCGGAAUACGCUCCCGGCCAUUCUCUGUUGCCGUUCCAGCAACUGGCCGAUCCGGGCAUGCCGCACAACGUGUCCUACACGUCCAGCGGCUUCAACGCCGGUUCCACGAGCGGCGUCAAUCCGACGUCGCCCAUGUCCUCCGUCGGCUCCGUGCCCAGUCCAGGCAGCACGAAUCUGCUGAAUCCCCAGAGCCCGUACGGCACCAACGGCCUACCGGAGACACCGCCGCCGGCGUAUUCGCCGCCCGAGGACGGCUCUCAGACCGGCCAGACCACGUCGUCGGACUCGGUCCCGAUGGACACGAGCACGUCAAUCGAGACAGCCACACCUGUAUGUUACCAGGAGCCACCUUGCUGGGCCUCGAUCGCCUAUUACGAGCUAAACUGUCGAGUGGGCGAGGUGUUCCAUUGUCAGACGCACUCCGUGAUCAUCGACGGCUUUACAAAUCCGAGCAACAACUCGGAUCGCUUCUGCCUCGGGCAGCUGUCCAACGUGAAUCGAAAUUCUACGAUAGAGAACACGAGGCGGCACAUAGGCAAGGGUGUGCAUCUAUACUACGUCGGGGGAGAGGUUUAUGCUGAAUGCCUCUCGGACUCUGCGAUAUUUGUACAAUCUAGGAAUUGCAAUCACCACCACGGCUUUCAUCCCAGUACAGUCUGCAAAAUUCCACCGGGAUGCUCGUUGAAGAUAUUCAACAAUCAGGAAUUUGCCCAGCUUCUGUCGCAAAGCGUGAACCACGGUUUCGAAGCUGUCUACGAGUUAACGAAGAUGUGUACGAUUAGAAUGUCUUUCGUGAAGGGAUGGGGCGCGGAGUACCAUAGGCAGGAUGUCACAUCGACUCCCUGCUGGAUCGAGGCGCAUUUGCAUGGGCCUUUGCAAUGGUUAGACAAGGUGUUAACGCAGAUGGGUCCGCCUCACAACGCCAUAAGUUCUGUGUCAUAAGUAAUACGCACGCAUCACAGAGAUUUGUUUUAAGAGAGAAGGACAAUUAGUCUCGAUGCACUUUUACAAAAAGAGUUCAAAUGUAGGCUAUAUUUGCCACACAUGUGAGAGUUACGGAGACUGUGCACAGACGAAAUACAAUAAGUAAGUUGCCCUAUA